AUGUUUUUUUUUAUUGUUUUUGUUCGCUCUUGUAUUCAUGAGCAAUGGGGUACCGUCUUAUACGUGUCUUUAUUCAAUUCAAAUCAACAAGCAAACUCAAAUCCAUUUUUGUUUCCUUCCCUCUUUUAUCCACCACCACCACCGCCAACAUCUUUACUUUUUCAAUCAGAUUCAUCAUUUCGUUUUUAUCACGAAGUAUUUUUUCGAAGUCUUAUUGAACAAUAUUCUCAAACAUCACCAUUGCUAUUAUUACCACCAUCAACUAUGAUACCUUCUGUAUCAAUUGAAACAGAAUCUCAUGUUUCAUCAACAGGAAAAGAUUCUGUUCGAAAAAAAUUAUCGACAUCUUCUUCAUCAAAUUCAAAAGUUCGUCGUCGUCUAUCAUGUCCACAAUGUUCAUAUACAACAAAUCGAUUAAAUAAUCUUAAACGACAUAUACAAACAAUGCAUGAAAUACUUUCGAAACCAAUUGAUUGUUGUGAUCAAUUAUUUAUAAGUAAAGCACAUUUUCGUGCACAUGUUAAUACAGAACAUCGUUGUGGUUAUCAUUGUGAUAUAUGUCGACGAACAUUCUGUCGUAAAGCACUUUUAAGAAGACAUCAAUCGAUUCAUUCAGGACAAAAAGCAUUUAUUUGUACGAUAUGUUCGUAUUCAACAAGUCACAAAGGAAAUCUUGAUCGACAUAGUCGAAUUCAUCGACAACAAAAUGAAAAUAUUGAACUAUCAACUUAA